AUGAGCGGCCCCUACGACCAUGGCAUGAAUAUGCCAAUGCCUAAUAUACUGGAUGCAACCUAUCCGAUCUAUGAUGGCACUUUUAACACAGCAUAUUCCCGGUUGUCAGGCCCUCCAACUCAUUUUGACGGUGUUGCCUUCUGGUACAAUCCUACCAAUACCGAACAACUCUAUGACAGGCAGGCAAGCCUUCUCAGUGGCCGUCGUGCAGCGGCGCCAGCAAAUAGCAUGGAGUCUUCCGCUGUCAAACAUCGUCGAACUCGCAGUGGUUGCUUUACUUGCCGCAGCAGACGAGUAAAGUGCGAUGAGACUAGGCCGAUCUGUGACAGAUGCAAGAAGGGUAAUCGUGAAUGCGAGUUUCCGCAGACGACGUCGUCUUCGAAGCGAUCCAAGCAAAGUGACGGUCGCGGUACCAAGGACCAAGCGGCGAAGCAUGAUAUCAAAGAUGAGAGCAUGACUGGGUUGCCCACAAUAAAAGACGAAAGCGAGGAAGACGAGUCUCCUCUGUCUCCGACGACAACACGACCGCCACCAUUGCGAAGCGACAGCGGCCAAUCAGUGGCACGCAGCACAAAAGCCAAGAAUGCGUCAGAAACAUCGUCCGGCAUCAAGGAUCAGACCAGUCCACAAUCGAGCGAAGCAUCGGAUGCUCGCUCAAGAGAUGAUACACCCGCGUCAUCACUGCGCACAGUUGGUAACUCUGCAGAAGUGCAAGCUCGACAGGGAAAGAUAAAGUCCUUGAAGCCAGAUCUACAAAAGUAUCUGCAGUUCCAGCAAGAGUAUAUGACUUUUUACCACUAUUUCUUCAAACUCGACCCGACGGACUUCGUGCAUGCAGAGUUUAUCGACCUUGCCUUGACCUAUGAGCCGCUACUAUAUGCCGCCGUCGGUUUUGCUGCAUAUCACUACGAGCUGAAGCAGCCUGAACCCAAGUUGUCGCAUUUUUUGGGGUACCACAGCAGGUCGCUGUCGAUGCUAAGGAAAUCGUUGGAGAAGAACACAAAGGUCACCGAAGCCACUCUGCUUACUGUUUUGCAAUUGGCCACAUUCGAAGAAUAUAUUGGCGAUUGGGUCAACCUAGUGGGCCAUCAUCGUGCCGCUCUUACCAUGGUGCGUGAUCUUUUCACCCCAGGGACAAUGAUGGAGACGGACCUAGGGAGACGUAUCUUCAGCUGGAUCGCUCGCUUGGAUGUCAUUGUCGGUCUCAUGGCGGGCAACGAGACGCGACUGGAUCGCCAAUGGUUCGAGGCGAACGCUGCAUGGUACCACAGUCAGGUCGAGAGUGACCCCGAGAUGGAUGUCGACAUCGAAAGCACCAUGGCAUACUUUGUCUCCUCGAAUCGACUGAUCGGCAUGGAUAUGGCUGCUCUGUUCGCCAAGUUUGCAAAACGCGAAAUCGGCGUGGAGACAUUUUGCGCCGAAAAUAGCGAGAUUGUUGGGAGAGUCGAGGCUAUGAAACGCCAGAUCGAAUUGUUUAACGACGAAUACUACAGAGUUCAGGAGUUCCCAGUAGAGAAGACUCGACCUCUGACCGAAGAAGACAUUGUCAAUCCUUAUGCCCCAGGGGGCCUUUUCAAAGAUGCGCUCUGGCCGUUGAACUUCAUGUGGAUCGAUUGGUACAGUAUUGAGUUGUUGCAGAGAUACCAAACUGCAGUGAUGCUUCAGCAGCCGAUGCCUCCUGAAUUGGAGCAGAUAAGUCUGGAACAGUGCCGGAUCUAUGAGGCCAUGGAGCGGUGGCCGGAUGCUCCAAACGGAUCCAUCUUGGGCGCACAUGCGCCUCUGGGACUUGCUUCAGUUUUCCUGAAGAAAGAUGCCCGACAUAUCAUGUGGGCACGAAGAAAAUUUGCCGCUGUAGAAAGGCAGGGCUACAUUUUCCCGCCAUCUUUUCGACAAAAGAUGGCCGAAAGGUGGGGGUUGACGCGCGACGAGGUUGGCGAAAAUGAAGCAGUGGAAAACUGGUGGCUCCCCAAUGAUGAAGGGAACAUUCCCAUGUUGAAAGAGAUCCGGAAAGUGGUUACUGAAAGGCAUGAAAGCGACACGAUUGCCAGCGUGGAGUCCCUUGCCAGCGUCAGAGACCUGAAGGCAAUCUUCGAAAAGCUAGAUCUUCGGACUCAAUCGGCUGGAAGACCGGGGGGAAGUGAUGGCCAAUUCAGCCCAAAGAGUGACACCAGUGGUGGACUCAGUGACCGCGCAAGCAAUCCCAGCUUCAGUCCUACCAGCGGAAACUUCAGUGAUGGGCCAAUAGGGAGCAUGUCGGGAGCUGUGUCAGAAAAAGGAGGCCCUCUGAAACGAAGAGACAAGCGAUCUGACUCGACUUCUUGA